UAUCGAUGAUUUCAUAGAGUAGAAAAUCGAUUCUUUUCUAUUUGGACAUAUUUUAUUAAUUAGCAAUUUGAUCGUUUUAACUAACAAAGAGCAGUACUAGAUGAUGAACUUUAGUAUCCUGCUGUAUAUACAAGCCCUUUACUUGAUGUUGUCUGUUAUUUGAUCGCUCAAUUUGCGCUGAAUGAAUCGUUGGUAAGAGUAGAAAUAACAAGUGAUAAGCAGAAGAGAAAAAAAAAAGACUGUUAACCGAUUACAUAAGUCAUCAAAAAGAAAGUGACUAGUGAAAGAUGCAUAAACAUAAUUACAUAGAUGAAUGAAUUCAUCGCAAGAAAAAAGAAGUUGUUUAUAUGCAGGUGUAUUCUGUCGAUGUAAUAAUAAAAAAAUAGAUAUAUAUAUAAGAUUUAUGUGUUUUUCUAGGCUGGCCUAUUGCCGUUGGCGUUUGCGUGUCAGUCAGUCUUGCAAGUGUACUCAUUCUUUAUCUUGUUGUUCGUAUACGCUCUGGUAAUAAACAACGCAAUCCUCUAUCAGUACCAGGCGAUGAUAUACAUUCUCAAAUGGAAUGGGAAGAUGAUAUUGGACUUAAUAUUAUUGUCAAUCCAUUAGAAGAAACAAAAAAACCCGUCCAACCAAUAAAUAUUCAAAAUAUGGAAGAAAUGAUGCAAGAAUAUGAAGGUGGUAGUAGUUCUGAAGAAGAUGAUGAAUGUGAUGGUCAAAGUCAUAAUGAAUAUUCAUCUGAAGAAGAAGAUGAAGAUUAUGAUAAUAAUCAAAUAAAUCAAAAGAAACAUAAUCAUCAAUUAGAAUGGGAUGAUGAUGAUAUAGAAUAUGGACCAAAAAAAAGUUUGAAAAAAAGAAUAUACAAAUAA